AUGUUCGACGAUACCAUUCCACGAGACGAAAAUGUUAUGUUGCUGGCUUUAGCAAAAUCUGACGACUUUCUUGGUCUACGACCAAUCCUUUACGCUAAGCUCGAUGAAACUCUUUCAAAAGACUCUGACGUUUUUCGCUACAACUAUGGUCGGCUAAACGGCAUGGUUCCUGAAAAGCCAUUUUCGUUUUCUCUGGUGUUUCCUCGGAAGGCCACCAACCUAGAUACCGACCACCACCAUGUUCACUUUGAUGUAGACAUUUUGACGAGAUGGAUUUCAAGGGACGUGCUCCGCUUCUUGGUGCCAGUGCUAUACUUUCAAGACUUGCAACAGGAAAGAAGAGAACUUCGGGCGUCUACUCUUACGGCUAAGCCUGUGCCUACGACUGAAGAACUCCGACUUUGCCUGAGACUCAAAGGGAAAGGGUACUGGAAUAGAAAAGGAACAUGGUUCUGUACGACCAAAGAGGUUAGCGAAUGUGAAGACGACAUGGGUCCGAAAUGCUUUCGUUCUUACAACGACUGGGUAAAGUGGGAAUCUGGAGUGGACAAGAAGAUUGCCGAGGCGAAGCAGAAUGAUGACUUGGAACUUGUCCAAAAAUUGCGGAAUUCUCGCAAUGUACCAUGGAAUGAUUAA